AUGACAAGUCUAGCUUAUUUCUUCUUCAUCCUGAGUUUAUUUUUUGCCACCCUUCUCAACCCAGUUCGCUCCCACGUGGAUGAAUAUUUAUUCUUCUUUGGGGAUGGACUGUAUGAGGUGGGCAAUACUACGAACAUUACACGUCCUGAUAAAUAUCUUCCCACUUAUCAUGCACCAUAUGGCACCAACUUCUUCAACCAUUCUGCUACAGGAAGAUAUUCUGAUGGCCGCAUAAUUCCUGAUUUUAUUGGUAAAAACGGUGGGUUGCCUUUGAUUCCUUCUUUCCAUAGCAAGGAUGAUCCAUAUUUCACUAAUGGUGCUAACUUUGCUUCAGAAGGUGCAACUGCUCAGAUAAGCAAUUUUCAGGUGAACCUUACAGGCCAGGUUGAGCUUUUCAAGAAGGUGAAAGAGAUAUGGGGAGAGCAUAUACAAAAUGAUACUGAAGUCAGUAGGAGGUUGCAGAAGGCUGUUUACUUUAUUUCCAUCGGUGCUCAGGAUUAUAUAAAUUACGAAGCCCCUUAUAGGAGGAUUUUGGAUUCUACUUUAGAGGAUAAAGUGGUUAAUAACAUAUCUGACGCCAUCAAGAAUUUGUAUGAUCUUGGCGCAUGGAGAUUUGUAGUUCAGAAUGUGGCAAAAUUAGGUACCAUCCCUUUUGUUCGUCAAAUAUUUGACGACAGAAGUCAGGAGCUUCUAUCAACAAGGGCACAAGCACACAAUGGUAUACUACCUGGAAAACUUAAGGUCAUAAAAGACAAUAAUCCGAAAUUCAAUUAUACAGUCUUUGAUUACUAUACUGCCAUCGAGAAAUUGAUUGAUUACUUCAUAGUGGACAUUGCUUGCUGUGGCAAUUCAACGUAUCGUGGGCAAGCUUGUGGAUCUUUGGAUUAUGAAUUUUGUGUGUGUGGUAAUAAGACUGAGUAUUUGUUUUUUGAUGGUACCCAUCACACUGAUGCUGGCAAUAAAGUACUAGCUAAAUUUAUGUGGAACAAUAAAUCAUGA